AUCUUCCAAUGCACCGACUCCAUCCCGACCUCACCAGCUUCAUUCGUGUAAUUCCUCUUACAGCUAAAGUUUAUUGAAACAUGUCGGCUCAGCUCAGCUCCAGCCUGAGGCUGCAGCUGGGUCGCGCAAGCAGAUCAGUCGCCUCGUCUCCCCUUGAUCAGACCUUCAAACGCGCAGCUGGCAUGACGGUUAGAGAAGCGGAACGGAGAGCAGCAGUGGCACAGGAAAAUCAAGCCAUCGCACGGCAGCUUACGCGACCUUGGAAAGCUGGCGACGUGUACGCCCCUCACGAUCUGAGUGCAGCCGAAGCUCGCAAGUGGAGGGUAAAGCAUCGACCUACGACUGACGCCUUCGACGCACUCUCUGUCAACCCUCUUAGUUUGUACAAAAAUUUCUCCGUAAUGUCUGAGUAUAUGACCGAGAUGGGCCGAAUCCGACACUCGAACUCAACCGGACUGCGACCGGUUAACCAACGAAAGAUUGCAAAGGCUAUUCGAAGAGCGAUAGCAUUGGGCCUGAUGCCAAGUAUCCACAAGCAUCCCGAAAUCAUCAAGGAAGAAAUGCAGGGGAGGAUGCUAAAUACUGGGCGGGUGAGGUGAAGGGGACCCUCGUGGUCAGCAAAGGAAACCCAGAACGUCCCUGGCUUUGGAAAUAUCAGGUGCCCAAGGGCCAUUGAGAAAAGGUUCGAACACCAGUGCGAGUCGAACCCACAGCUUCGAAACACCUCCUGCAUGGAGGAAGGAGGUUCUGCCCAGUCAACUUUGCAAAUACUGGUUCCUAUGUAUGUUGAUCACCAGAUGCAACACCAAGGCACCAGACAACGACCUGCGAUCGAUGCAAAAUCAAAAACCUAUCCCGCAAGCCACCCUAGCCGGUACUAGGAAAGGAGUGCGAGGAGGACAAACACUAUCACCUUCCCAGGGAUCGAGCAUUUUUCCGUAGCCAACUUGCUCCAUAGUGCCAUGAUUUACUCUCCAGACACACCAUGGGUUGAGUGGCAUACUGGACGAGAUGGCGGAAAGUCUCCAAUAUUCCAACGGGUGCCGCAACUUAAUCGCCCCUGCGCCUUUAUCCAUCCCCCUCCAAGGGUGUGUUGGUGGGACCUGGACUAGCACUUUUCGACAAUUAUCGGUCUAGCUUGGCCAAUUGUGAACAGAGACUCGGCGGUCUAAUUGGUGGACAAGUGAUUUGGAUCAUGGUGGGUGUGGUGUGGCAGAAAAAGGGCAGGAAAUGGAAACGGGGAUAUGGGCGUCUGCUCUGUACAUGUAUUUGUCUGAAUAUUAAGUCGAUUGAGAUCCAGGAUCAAAAGAUUUCAUUUUUCGUCAGUGCUUGUACACGCUCAGACAAGCAAGAUGUGACAUUAGAAAACUACAA